CCGCCUCCGCCUUCGCCUUCGCGAGGCCGAAGAGCGCCUGUCGCCCUUCCAGGCCCGUGCGGGGCGAUCCCGCAGCCUCCAGGCGGCGAUCCAGGGCGGCUCGAGGCCUGAGCGGGAGCCUGGAGGCGCGGCCGGCAUGGAGACGCUGCUGCUGAGCGUGGGGUUGCUGCUGGGCGCCUACGUGCUAGUCUAUUACAACCUGGUGAAGGCGCCGCCGUGCCGCGGCAUCGCCAGCCUGCGGGGCCGCACGGCCGUGGUCACGGGCGCCAACAGCGGCAUCGGGAAGAUGACGGCGCUGGAGCUGGCGCGCCGGGGAGCGCGCGUGGUUCUAGCCUGCCGGAGCCGGGAGCGCGGGGAGGCGGCCGCCUUCGACCUCCGCCAGGAGAGUGGGAACAAUGAGGUCAUCUUCAUGGCCUUGGACUUGGCCAGUCUGGCCUCCGUGAGGGCCUUUGCCACUGCCUUCCUGAGCUCUGAGCCACGGCUGGACAUCCUCAUCCACAAUGCCGGGAUCAGUUCCUGUGGCCGAACCCGGGAAUCCUUUAACCUGCUGUUGCGAGUGAACCACAUCGGCCCCUUCCUGCUGACACACCUGCUGCUGCCCCGGCUGAAGACAUGCGCCCCCAGCCGCGUGGUGGUGGUAUCCUCAGCCGCCCACCGUCGAGGCCGCCUCGACUUCACACGCCUGGACUGCCCAGUGGUGGGCUGGCGGCAGGAGCUGCGGGCAUAUGCCGACAGCAAGCUGGCCAAUGUAUUGUUUGCCAGGGAGCUCGCCACUCAGCUUGAGGGCACUGGCAUCACCUGCUAUGCAGCCCACCCAGGGCCAGUGAACUCGGAGCUGUUCCUGCGCCACGUUCCUGGAUGGCUCCGCCCACUUUUGCGCCCAGUGGCUUGGCUGGUGCUGCGGGCACCACGAGGGGGUGCCCAGACCCCCCUGUACUGCGCUCUGCAGGAGGGCAUUGAGCCCCUCAGUGGGAGAUACUUUGCCAACUGCCAUGUGGAGGAGGUGCCCCCAGCUGCAAGAGACGACCGGGCAGCUCACCGGCUAUGGGAGGCCAGCAAAAGGCUAGCCGGGCUUGGGCCUGGCGAGGGUGCCGAAUCUGAUGAAGAUCCCCAGCCUGAGGACCCAUAUUCUCCGAGCAGCCCCCACCCUGAGGAGCCCACGGCUUCUGAACUCUACCCCAGCCCUCAGAGUUCACCAGACUUGUCUAAGGUCAUGCGCCGAAUUCUGGUUAAAGCUGAAACUGAGCUCCAAACCUCCUAACCCCCAGGCCGGGAGGCUUUCCAGGGCACUUGGUGGGCCUUGAAAACCUUAGCUGUGUGCCAGGCCACGCACUGGGCAUUGAGAGGGUUGCAAUUUUUACCUCCAUGUUUACCUUCUGGGGCUUCAAGCUACAUCCUGGACAGCUCGUUUCCUGAUGGAAGGAAAUAAAGGGUGAUGAUUUCUUCCUGA